AUGAUGUGGCUGCUUUUAACAACAACUUGUUUGAUCUGUGGAACUUUAAAUGCUGGUGGAUUCCUUGAUUUUGAAAAUGAAGUGAAUCCUGAGGUGUGGAUGAAUACUAGUGAAAUCAUCAUCUACAAUGGCUAUCCCAGUGAAGAGUAUGAAGUCACCACUGAAGAUGGGUACAUACUCCUUGUCAACAGAAUUCCUUAUGGGCGAAGACAUGCUAGGAGCACAGGUCCCCGGCCAGUUGUGUAUAUGCAGCAUGCCCUGUUUGCAGACAAUGCCUACUGGCUUGAGAAUUAUGCCAAUGGAAGCCUUGGAUUCCUUCUAGCAGAUGCAGGUUAUGAUGUAUGGAUGGGAAACAGUCGGGGAAACACUUGGUCAAGAAGACACAAAACACUCUCAGAGACAGAUGAGAAAUUCUGGGCCUUUAGUUUUGAUGAAAUGGCCAAGUAUGAUCUCCCAGGAGUAAUAGACUUCAUUGUAAAUAAAACUGGUCAGGAGAAAUUGUAUUUCAUUGGACAUUCACUUGGCACUACAAUAGGGUUUGUAGCCUUUUCCACCAUGCCUGAACUGGCACAAAGAAUCAAAAUGAAUUUUGCCUUGGGUCCUAUGAUCUCAUUCAAAUAUCCCACGGGCAUUUUUACCAGGUUUUUUCUACUUCCAAAUUCCAUAAUCAAGGCUGUUUUUGGUACCAAAGGUUUCUUUUUAGAAGAUAAGAAAACGAAGAUAGCUUCUACCAAAAUCUGCAACAAUAAGAUGCUCUGGUUGAUAUGUAGCGAAUUUAUGUCCUUAUGGGCUGGAUCCAACAAGAAAAAUAUGAAUCAGAGUCGAAUGGAUGUGUAUAUGUCACAUGCUCCCACUGGUUCAUCAAUACAGAACAUUCUGCAUAUAAAACAGCUUUACCAAUCUGAUGAAUUCAGAGCUUAUGACUGGGGAAAUGAAGCUGAUAAUAUGAAACAUUACAAUCAGAGUCAUCCCCCUAUAUAUGACCUGACUGCCAUGAAAGUGCCUACUGCUAUUUGGGCUGGUGGACAUGAUGUCCUCGUAACACCCCAGGAUAUGGCCAGGAUACUCCCUCAAAUCAAGAGUCUUCAUUACUUUAAGCUAUUGCCAGAUUGGAACCACUUUGAUUUUGUCUGGGGCCUCGAUGCCCCUCAACGGCUGUACAGUGAAAUCAUAGCUUUAAUGAAGGCAUAUUCCUAA